GUCUGAAUAAAAUUUGACACAACACCGAAAACACAUCGGAGAGUGACACAACACAAGCACUAAAACCUACGCAACUGCUGCGUUUAUUUACAGAUUCAAACUCCAACGAUUAAUUACUGUGCCUGAGUUCUGUUUUUCUCCCACAUAUCUGCAUCGCAGAGCAUGGAUAUCGGCGGUUUUCCUCUCGCACCCGAACGCGAGUGUGCAACAACAACAGCAGCUGCUGCUGCUAAGAAGUAUAGCAGGAACAUUGCAGUGCUGGGCAUGGGAGACCUGGGACGCUCAUUGGCCAUGUGCUUCCAUCAGAGGGGCAUCGCCGUGGUGCUGGGCAGCCGCAACCCCGAGGCUGCGUCCUCCCUGCUUCCCGCGGGCUCCCGCAUCGCCUCGUACGCUGAUGCCGCUAGCGAGGCUGAUCUGGUGAUUAUAGCCGUUAUGCGGCAUCACUACAGCUCCCUCCACGAUGCAGUGGGAGACCUCGCUGGCAAGACGCUGCUGGACUUGAGCAAUAACAAGCACAAGGGGCAAUAUGAGGAUUCCAAUGCAGAGCACUUGGCCAAAAUAUUCCCGCAGGCGCACGUGGUGAAAGGCCUCAACACGCUGUCGGCAUGGGCCCUGCAGUCAGGGCUGGAGAAUUCCAGCAAGCAGGUGAUGCUUGCAUACUCCCGGCACUUUCUGCAGCACCAGUGCCCCUGUAGUCCUGAGCCAGAGCCACGCUGGACUAUCAUUUCACAGGUUUUUAUUUGCGGUGAUGACCCCGAUGCCAAGACUCAAGUGCACGCUCUAGUCAACCGUAUGGGCCUUAUGCCAGUGGACCGAGGCUCACUGGCAGCAUCUCAGGAAUUGGAAAACAUCCCUUUGGAGCUGUUCCCGACCUGGCGGCUGACCGUAACCCUCUCCCUGGGGAUUGUGGCCUUCUUUUACAUCUAUUCCACCGUCAUAUAUGUCCUGUACUACUACCUGGAAAAUGACAAAAGCACAUUCUACCAGCUCGCCAUCCAAAUGCCCAACAAUGCGUUCCCGUGCGCAUCGCUCGUCAUGCUAGCCCUGGUCUAUCUGCCCGGCGUUCUGGCCGGCUUCGUGCAGCUGCAUCGCGGCACCAAGUACAGCCGCUUUCCCGGCUGGCUCGACCGCUGGCUGCGGUGCCGCAAGGAGCUGGGGAUCGCCGCCUUCCUCCUGGGCUGCCUGCAUGCGGUUUACACGCUCGUCAUGCCCAUCCGAAAACCCAUCAUAGAUAGCGCUACACAGAGAAUUAUCAAUCAGAUUGCUGCCAAUAAGACUACCAAGACGUCUAACCUGGAAUUGUGGCAGGGUGAGCUUUAUCUUGCCUUUGGGAUCCUUGGGAUUGGUGUUCUCGCUGUCCAGGCGAUCGUUUCACUGCCUUCAGUGGGGAACAGCUUGAACUGGAGGGAAUUCCGCUUUGUGCAGUCGACGUUAGGUUACCUGGGGCUGGCCCUCGUUACUGCUCACACCAUCUGCUUUGGAGGCACGUCCUUCCUCUCGGUGCAGUCAUACAGCUGGGGGAUGCCGCACUCCUACAUGAUCUCCCUGCUGCUGCCGUGUGCCGUGCUGGUGUUCCGCUUCCUGCUGGCGCUGCCGUGCUUGGCCCGGCCACUCUCUCACAUCCGUCAGGGCUGGGAGAGGGGCACUGCCGAACUGAAGAAUACACGGAAAGAAAUCCCCAGAACGCCGCUCUAGCCACCAAUCCCCAAACACUGGUCUCCUCUAUCCAUCUGCUCAACGUCCCAAUUGUCUGCUGAUGUGGUCCUUUGCUGUGAAAAUGACUUAUUACACGUGUACCUGUAUUGAAAAUACAUUGACAGCCAGAUAAUAUGCAUUAUUAAGCUCCAGUGACUAGCGACAUACGUGCAUGCAUUGUACAGUGCAACACAAAUCAAUAAUAGCAUCAUUCCACUGCUUAUUACCUUCGCUUCAGUUACAGUCAAAUGUUAGGAAAACUUGCUUCUUAUAUGUGUGCGACCUGUCAGCCACAUGCCAGGCAUCAGCUGUCCAAAUGCCAAUUAGCAUUCAUGAGAACCAAUUCCCCUGUUGUUCAUUGCACCUUAGCUUAAGGCUAAUGCGGUUAAGAUUAAUAUCUAUGCCUAGGACAGCACCUGACCGUGCCAGUCUCUAUGUCUGUGCUAGUGACAUAAACAUAACAUAUUAAUUAUCUUGCAGGACUGUAUAGAGUUUAGAGAGCCCUAUGGGUUGGGAGGCAAAUAUGUAUGAACCACAUUAUUCGAGUAUUUGAGUUGCAUUAUAGCUGCCACCUUUACACCCUGUCCCCCACCCCCCGAUAUGCCAUGUGCCUGUAUUUUUUAGACAACUAUAGUUGGUUGCCAAUUCGGGCAGGAGCCUGAAUUCUGGAAUUAUAUCACUUUUUUGAACAGGCCUGAAUCCUAAUUGUUAAAAUCGUAUAUGUAAAACACUGUGUCAGACAGUUCCUUUUAUCUGUGCCGUUACGAAGAUAAAAAAAUACUUCACUAAUCCGUAAGAAAACCAUUGUGGAUAUUCGGUUGAGUUUCGCCGAUGAACUCCUCGCGGGUUGCAAUAGUACGAUGUUGAGAUAGGUAUUGUUGAGUGUAUAGUGGAAUUACGUGCGAAUUUGUAGGAUUGCGGCGCAGGCUGACAAGCACAAGAUGCAGGCAGGGGGUGGCAUGCCUCGUGUGCAUUGAUUGCACCUGCCUCUGCACUCCCAGCGUGGCCAAGGCAUCGUGCACCUUCGUUGGUUGAAAGCACUGCACGCCGCAAGCCCUCCUCCUGGGCCGCACGCUGUCAUGCAAGAGAUAUUAUCUGUGCAGAUGUUAACAGCAGUGGAUUAAGAAGGAUUAAAGUCACCCUGAGUCCUCCAAUGAGCGUAUGAAUGAAUGGAUAUUAGAAUUAAUUGAGUAAGGCAUUAAUGAAUGAGUGAAUGAAUGCACUCAUGAAUGAAUUCACUGAUAAAUGGAUGAAUUAUAUAACGAAUGUAUGGAUGUAAUUAUGAAUGCAUGCAGUCAUGACGAAUGCUUCAUGAAUAAGACAAAUGCAUAAAUUAUUGGUUGAAUGAGAUAAAUGAAUGUAUUGAUUAACGUGUGAAUGAAUGCAUGAAAAAAUGCGCAAAUCGAGCAUGAAUUAAUUAAUGAUGGGUGACCAGAAUCCAGCACAUAGCCCAGCGUACACAGAAUACAGGGGUUGCACGCAGCACAUUCUGUGACUGCAGCUCCACACCCCACCAAAAGAGUGGCACCUGUGCUUUGUGGAAAAUACAGGUUAUGUGCUGCUCGUGUGGAGCGUGCUCCCUGCCUGAUUGAACAAAUGUGCAUACACACGACCAGAGAGCAGGGAGAGUCACGCGUACCGUAAGACUCUUCCCCGACCUCGGAUGAGCCUUGGAAUGGACUUUUGAACAGACACUGCUCCACCCAUGACCGAAGCAGAUUGGUGGAUAUGAAAUUUGCACCGGUUCUGGAAGAGACCACUUUGAUAAAAAUUUGCCGAUCGGCGACAGAAUUUGUUGAUAGAAACAUUAGCGGAUAAUAUAAUUUCAAUUGAGCCUAUGCUGCAACACUGCACCGGUUAAAUGUGAACGGGACAAAUAUUCCGACCGUCUCUUCUGGACCACGAAAUUUUCACGAAGAACAGGAAGUCAUUCUGCAAUUUAGGAUCCUGUAUCAGUGUUCUAUGUUUCAUCAUCAUUGUACAAAUCAGAUUACUAUGUUUAAUAUCUGAUAAAUUGUCUAGCGACACUUUAUUGUGCUUUCAUAAGGUAUAUCUGGCAACAUAUCGCGACUUCUUGAGGUUUGCUUGGCAAAUUUCUAAUUUGUGGAGUUUUUAACACUGGUAAUCAUGGAUAAACCACAUUUAUUCAACACAAUUUGCUCAAUAAUUCCAGUUCUGGGGAAAUCAGGCCAGUGAGAGUGCACGUUCAAGGCAACUUGAAUUUGCUGUCCAUUCACGUUCAUUAAAAAAAAGACAUUAAGCCAUUAGACCCGUCGGGCCUUUGGCUGUAAUUUUUGUGACUUCCUAGCCCGGGUAGGUCUUGAACUUGGACUUUAUUACGUCUUUCAGCACAGCGUGUAACACUUGAGGGAAUUGCAGUCCUGGACUCGGUUCAGGUGCCACCCAGAACCCUUUCUAUCCACUCCUUUUAUUCUUUUCCCCAUCCUUUCUGGAACUCUCCCGACUCUCGACCAAUCCCCUUCGUUUCUCUGCCAAACGACCGCUCAUUUGCAUUUGUUUUUUUCCGGGCUCCUUCAAUUGAAGCAAUUGGCGGGACCCCGGA